AUGUCCGUCGCCGCAGCCGACUGGCUCCCGGCUGCGACCGUCACGGCGUCCGGCCGGGCGGUGCUGUCCGCCGGCGAGAUCGAGCGGCACCUGCUUCCGCUCGUCGACCUGGAGCCCGAGGAGAACCCCCGCCUCGCGCCCCUCCACGGCUGCCUCCUCGCGCUCACCUCCCACCGGCUCGUCUUCCUCCACGAGGCCUCCCUCUCCGCCCGCGCCCUCCCGCUCGCGUCCAUCGCCCACGCCUACCCGCCCCACCGCAGGCACAACCACAACCCACUCCGCUCCCUCUUCUCCUCCUCGUCCUCCUCGUCGUCGUCGCAUCACCCGCGCAUCCGCAUCCAGAUCUCCCUGCCCCCGUCGCGGUCGGAGGUCGUCGCCGUCGUCGUCACCUGUAAGGCGGACGUGGAUGUGUUCUACGGGAGGCUGCUCGAGGCCAUCCGCGCGAGGGCCUGGGAGGCGACCGCCUCGGCUGCUCCGGCCAGUGGCGCCCCGGUGGCUGAGGGAGCCGCCCCAGCCGAGGAGGAUCUGGCGAUCAGGAUGCCCGUGGUUGGAGUGGCGGGGAUACUGCGGAAGGAGCAGGAGACGUGGGAGAGCGCGGGGCAGAACUUGCAGGAUGCCUUCCAGGAUCUCAACGCCCUCAUGAGCAAAGCCAAGGAAAUGAUGGAGCUGGCAGAGAAAAUGAGGCAAAAGCUAUUGACGAACUCAUCUGCUCAAUCCAAUUCUAAUGACGAAGAGAUGGGUUCUAAGCAAGACAUGCAGGAUUUGCUAUUGAGCGUAGGCAUCGUGUCUCCUGUGACAAAGGAAACUGCUGGUGCUUUGUACCAUCAGCAGCUUUCACGACAGCUGGCUGACUUUGUAAGAGUACCAGUUGAGAGAGCAGGUGGUAUGAUGGCACUAGUCGAUGUCUACUGUCUCUUCAACCGUGCUAGGGGAACAGAGUUGAUCUCACCAGAGGAUCUUUUGCAAGCUUGCUCCCUUUGGGAGAAAUUUGAUGUCCCAGUAAUGCUCCGGAAAUUUGAUAGUGGAGUGAAGGUGAUCCAGACCAAGACGCAUAGUGAUGAUGAGGUAUUUGCAAGAAUAUCAUCACUCGCGCAAAAGCCGGACGCUCUUCUGAAAGGAAUAAGCCCCAGCGACGCUGCAUUUACACUGGGGAUUGCACCAGCUUUAGCAAAGGAGCAUCUUCUAAAUGCAGAAAACAAAGGUCUCCUCUGCAGGGAUGUCAGUCCAGAUGGGUUCCGUUUCUACAUCAAUUUGUUUAACGAGAUUGAUCUCCAGAAUAUUCAUUUCCAAAAACUCAUGGACUAUACCACACUUGGAUCUCUGUGGCAACGGCAGCACAUUGACACAGUUUUGGUAGAGGUGGAGUUCAGUUGA